ACAUGUCCGAUAGCGAUACGGAUCCCGAGGAGGAGCUCUUCCACCUGGCCGCCGAGCAUGUGGCCAGGCAGACGAGCAGCCUGGCCUCCGCCGACCUGCUGCUCCUCUACGGCUACUACAAACAGGCCACCGAGGGCUCGUGCGAGGAGCCCAGUCCCGGGCUGCUCCAGCUGCGGGCACGCAGCAAGUGGCAGGCUUGGCGGAGUCUCGGCAAGAUGUCCCAAUCGAAGGCCAGGCAGUCGUAUGUCCGCAAACUGGAGGAGCUGCAGCCGAAUUGGCGGGAGAAGCGCAAGCCCGGCUGGGUGGUGCACUCCAUUGAGUCGGCGCCGCUGGAGGAUCAGCGGGCGGACAGCGAAAAGACCCCCUUCGAUCAUGUCAAGGAGAACAAUCUGGAGCGGUUAAGGGAGCUGCUGGCGCCCGGAGAUCUCGCAAAGUUGGAUGAACACGGCAUGGCCCUCAUCCAUUGGGCCACCGAUCGCAAUGCCGUCGAGAUCAUUCGGUUUCUGGUCCACAGCGGAGCGAGUGUCGAUCAGCGGGAUGCCGAGCAGCAGACGCCGCUGCACUAUGCCGCCAGUUGUGGUCACCUGGAGGCUCUGCGCUGCCUGCUCGAGCUGCGCGCCAAUCUGGAGCUCUGCGAUUCCGAUGGACAGACCUGCUACGACGUGGCCGACGAUGAACAGAUCUGCCAGGUGCUCCGAACGGAGCGAGAGCGCCUCAGUGGAUCCGCCUCCUAAAUCUUAAGUUGUUAGGUGCGAAGAACCCUGUAAAAUGUUGUGAAUAAAUCCUCUGUAAGCUUGGUUUUCUCACAUCCAUAUACACAAACGGUACGCUUCUUAACCUUUUAAGUUGUCAAGUUGCUUAUGCAUAAUAUGUAAUGUAUUAAAAAGUACUAAAACUGUGA